AUGGUGACAGAAGGAGAGCCGGGAAGCCUGGUGAAGGUGAUCUAUCUUCUGGUGCUGUCUGCAUCAUGGGGUAUGCAGUUCUGGACGACUUUUGUAGCAGGGUUUGUUUUGAUCAGAGGGGUGGCCCGGCACACAUUUGGGCUGGUACAGAGUAAGCUGUUCCCAUUUUAUAACCACUUAGUCAUGUGCUUUUCAUUUUUGAAUCUGGCCGUGUACGCCGUGUACCAUCCACGGGACCUGCUGUCACCCAGCGAGAGUGUUCAGAUUGCCCUCUUCUUUAUAUCACUUAUUGUGUCUGCACUGAAUGCCCGCUGGUUCUCACCCUCCACGUCCAAGGUCAUGUUCAAGAUGCAUGCCAUUGAGCGGGAGCACAGCCUGGGUCAGGGGAUCGGGUUGAGCGCCAAUAGUGAAGGCUACAAACUCCUUCAGGAGAAGGAUCCCAAAUACCGGGCUCUGCGGAAAUCAUUCCUACGCUACCAUGGCAUUUCCUCUCUCUGUAACCUGGUGUCCGUAUUGUGUAAUGGAGCCAAUGUUGUGUUCACUGCCCUCCUGCUGCCCACUUUGUAG